AUGCCUCCCAAAGCCGAUCUCAACAAGGCCGGCGUCGAGACCUCUGACUUUCCUAUCCUCUGUCAGUUCGAGCCUGGCUACGAUUCAGGUAGACGAUUGUCGAGUAUGCUGACCUUUCCAAUGUGCUUACUCGACAGGCGAGACAUGCUUGGGGCCUAAUCCGUACGUCGAGUGACCACCCUACCCCCUACCCCCUACCCCAUACCCCCCCAUACGCCUCGCCUCGCCACCGGCACAGCUCUCCUGCAACAUCCGCGUCACCGUAUGACUCAAGCUCACCCUUCUACCCUACAUGCUUCAUCCCACAGCUACGUGCGCAUGUCGAAGCAACCGCUCGGAGCAGAAUGCAAGAUCUGUACUCGCCCCUUCACCAUCUUCCGCUGGCUGCCCGGCGUCGGCAUGCGCUACAAGAAGACCGAGAUCUGUCAAACCUGCGCCAAGGCCAAGAACGUCUGUCAGACCUGCUUGCUCGAUCUGCAGUUCGGUCUGCCGACGCAGGUCAGGGACACGGCCUUGAGGAUGAAGAACCAGGCGCCGACGAGUGCGAUCAAUCGAGAGUAUCAUGCUCAGAAUCGUGAGUCUCCGCAGCGCCAGCUUGUGUGCAGAGCGCACACGUACUGAUAACAAACGCGGUGUCCUUUCCAACACCACAGUCGAAAGCGCAAUGGAAGGUGGUGCAGCAGGGGGAGCGAUCAACUUUGGCAAAGCCGAUAGCGCCGGCAAGGAGCUGCUCAAACGUCUCGCCCGCAAGGACCCCGAAUACAAACGCAAUCGACCGCACAUCUGUUCGUUCUACGCCAAAGGGGCUUGCAACCGCGGCGACGAGUGCCCGUAUCGCCAUGAGCUGCCGGUCGAGAAUGAGCUCAGUCAUCAGAAUAUCAAGGAUCGAUGUGAGUUUUCGUGAUGGUGGGGACCGGCCACGGCGGACGGGGCAUCAACUCUCAGGAGUUCUUAUGCGGCAUGGUUCUGACUCCUACCUACCUUCUGACAUCACAGACCACGGUACGAACGAUCCCGUCGCGCGCAAGAUCAUGGCCAGGAACGCCGUCGACGCGGGCCUCGCCCCACCCGCCGACGAAUCCAUCACAUCCCUCUUCCUGACCCAACUUCCCCCAACCGCAACCGAAGAACACAUCCGCGCUUACUACGCAGGCGAAGGUGCGGCCCUCAAGUCCGUUGUGCUGGUCCCGGCGAGUAAAGUCGCUUUCGUGAAUUUUAAAGACCGGAAAGGGGCCGAGGCCGCGGCGGCAAAGAGUAGUAUGAAGGUUGUUAUUGACGGCAAGGAGGUCAAGGUCUCGUGGGGGAGGGCGAGGCCGAAGAAGGAUGUGAACGCUUGA